GGCAAAAACAAGAGAACUCCAUGGCCUUGUCUACUCCUCUUGUCCUGCCUCUGCUUCUCCUUGUGCUUGUGCUCCCACCAGCCCUCCGUGAUUACCUCUCGGCAGGCCACCUAGAUGCCGGCGUCGUCGGCAGCGAGCUCCACCUCCACCCGGUGAUUCUGUUGCCCGGGAUGGGCUGCAGCGACCUGGAGGCACGGCUCACCGAGGCGUACCGACCGUCAGAGCCACGCUGCGGCGCAAUGAAGGGCAAGGGAUGGUUCGAGCUGUGGAAGAACGCCUCAGAUCUGGCGGACCACGACUACGUGCAUUGCUUCCUGGAGCAGAUGCGCCUCGUCUAUGAUCCUUCCACCAACGACUACCGGAACCUGCCCGGCGUCGAGACGCGAGUGCCCAACUUCGGCUCCACAACAGCCUUCAGCCAAAAGAUCCCUCUCAAGUCAGACUGGUGCCUCGGAAAGCUCAAACAUGUACUGGAAAACAAGGGAUACCGUGAAGGGGACACCAUGUUCGGAGCCCCUUACGAUUUUCGCUACGCACCGCCGGCUCCCGGCCAGACAUCCCAGGUGUACUCUCGCUACUUCAAGGAGCUGACGGAGCUCGUCGAGGCCGCGAGCGAGAGGAAACGCAAGAAAGCCGUCAUCUUGGGGCACAGCUUCGGCGGAAUGGUGGCCCUCGAGUUCGUCCGGAACGCUCCCUUGCCGUGGCGGAACCAGUACAUCCACCACCUCGUCCUCGUCGCGCCGACGCUCUCCACCGGGUUCAUGGAGCCACUGAGCAACUUCGCCUCCGGAACCAACAUCCUCUUCGUGCCAACGACGCCGCCGCCGACGCCGCCGCCGGCGCCGCUGCGGCUGACCACGAGAGCCAUGUGGAGGAGCUUCGAGAGCGCCAUCAUGAACUUCCCGUCGCCGGCCGUGUUCGGGCGCAGCAGGCCGCUCGUGGUCACCAGGGAGAGGAACUACACCGCGCGCGACAUGGAGCGUUUCCUCUCCGCCGUCGGCUUCGGCGAGGCCGUCGAGCCAUUCCGGCGACGAGCCGUCCCGAAGAUGGACAACUUCGUGGCGCCGAUGGUGCCCAUGACGUACAUCAACGGAGUCGGCAACAGGACGCCGCUGCAGCUGGGAUACUGGGACGACGACUUCGAUGCGUCGCCGGAGACGGUAGUGUACGGCGAUGGAGAUGGCAAGAUCAAUUUGGUCAGCGUCUUGGCGUUUGAGGAAGAGAUGGGUCGGCAGCCAGGACAGAGGGAGCAGUUCAGAUCCAUCAAGAUCAAUAAGGCCCAGCAUUCUUCGAUUGUCACGGAUGAUUUUGCCCUGGACAAUGUCAUUCAAGAAAUUCUUGAGGUCAAUCGGCAGAGUCCUUCAUAGGUUAAAUUCAUUUUGUGCUUAAAACGGUCGUGGUGUGGUCGCAAUUCAAUCGCUUUGUCAAUCACUCAAUUCGUUGCCUGAUGAACUUGUAAUAAGUACACGCGGUGCAGUGCUUCGGAAAAAGCAAAGACCGCAAUUUUUUUUCGCUUGUCAAAUAAACGUGGCUCUCCUUAA